UCCAGUAAACUGCAAACCUCCCGUCUCUCUGAGCGUCUCUCAGAGCAUCAUCAUCAUCAUUUCCUCUUUCUUUCCCUCUUCCUCUUCUUCCUCCUCCUACGAUGAUAUGCUCUGACAAAUCAGCACUACUAAUCUGCAACCGCGACACCCCUGCUUUGCCGUUGCCGUUGCCGUUGCCAUCGACAUCAUAUCAGUACUAUACUUUUAACUUUGCCAAACGGCCUGCCUACCUACUUACAUCAUACCACGCUUUGUUUUUCUAUAGCCGCAGCCUCGCAGGGCCCGUUUGGCUGCAACUCUGCCGUCAACGCCGUCGCCGCCGUCGGCCGUCUGCGCGCGCGCCUUACGCGGGACGGGUCGAUAUUUUUGAUCCCAGGAUCCUCGAUCAAACCCUCGUUGGUCCCCACCCGCAGCACCACGUGCGUCGUUCAUUCAUCGACGAUGCAAUUUGCAUCUAAACAUACUUUGUACUGUAUGCAACAACGCAUCGUCGAUUACCGAACAACAAUGACGAUACCUCCUUGCUCCCGAUAUGGAGUCCUGGCGACUAGAUCCCGAGACACAUUACUAUUACAUACAAACUGCACAAAAGACGUCCAGCCCCAGUAUCACAGUACGCUGGUAG